AUGGCCACAAUCGGCACGCUCCAACGGCUGUCCGCCACCUCUCUCUCUAAGCUUAUCCUAGCUGCCCAAGAGGCUGCUGCUGCGGGUGACUCCACACCAUCUUUGGCUAUUAUCGAUGUGCGGGACGAUGACUACAUUGGCGGGCACAUCAAGGGCUCGCAAAAUGUGCCCUCUCGCACUCUCGACGCCAUGCUCCCUACUUUAGUGCGUCAGCUGCAAGAUAAGGACACAGUCGUCUUCCACUGCGCCCUGUCUCAGCAGCGAGGGCCAUCUGCAGCCUUGCGCUACUUGCGCGAGAGGGAACGCCUGCUCCCGACCUGGAAUGCUAGAGCUCGAGAAGGCGACGACGAUGCUCCCAAGCCAAAGGAGCAGAAGGUCUAUGUCCUCGAUCGCGGAUUUGUAGGCUGGCAGGAGUUAUUUGGCACCGAUGAACGCCUCACGGAAGGGUACCGUCCGGAGCUCUGGAAGGAUGGUUAUUGGGGCUGA